AGGAACGACGACGUUACGCUUAUUGUAUGUCUUUCCGAAGUUACGUUGUCCCCGUACGACAGUCGGGACAGUCGCGCGUAAAACACCCUCGAAGUAAUCAGCGACGCUGAAAUAAUGCCAGACACGAAGCAGCGAUCUAAUUACGCGAUCGUUAAUCGUACGGACCGGCCGCGACUUCCUCCUUUCCACCGUGGAGCUGCCUCGUGCACGCUUGGAAAUGGCUCCACCUUCCCCGACGAACGUCCUUGGGGGGCCCGGUACACCGGGAGAGGGUGAUGAAAAUCCGCCAGUCACGUGUACCAUGCCGGCUCGAGCGGUCGUACCGUGCCGCGGUUCCGUCGAAACGUUUCUUCUAUUGAAACUUCCGCCGACCGAAAUACCGAAAAUCACGCGGCCAAUUUUCGGCGCGUAAAGUGUUGACGAGCGACAUGCGCGUGUAUUUCGGGGAACGCUAAUUGGAGGACACUCGCUUGAACGUGAGAAAGUCGCCUUACGUGACUUUUAUAUUUACGAUGUACGUUGGAAUCGUGCGUAGCUCGAGUGCAAUCGAAAACCGGUCGUCCCGUUAGCAAAACGCACUGAAACACGAUUUUCUUACAAAAAUCAGUCGUUCACGCGUAGUCUUGUAAGCAGUGUCGGUUAAAUGUCGGAAAGUGAGUAAAUGCUAAAUCGUAGAGUAAGCCCAUCGAUGAGUGCACAAUGGAGAUAUCCGCGGCCAGUUUGACUUAUCGAAGCGCGACGGGGAAUGCAGAGAUGAUUUCACAAAGAAAAUUCAUGUCACAAUUUGGACGCGUGCAAUUUUGGGAUCGAUUUGAUAUUUGAUACUCCGGUUAAUUGAGGAUACUCGAAAGUCCGAAUAAUAAACAAAGUGUUCACUGAAAUUAAUGGUGAUUCUUGCAAAACAGUUGAUGAUUAUAAGACUCGUUGGCAAAUCUUUGGCAGAUAUUACAAUACCCGCGUGCAAUACUCGCGAUGAAUCACGCGGUGUAUCCACGAGUGUUAAGGACAUGUUGAUGACUUUGACCACGUACAUCAGUGAUCGAGUGUUUCAUUGAUUUUUCUUGCGCGUAUAAAUGUCAGGUAGUUCCCGUAGAUUAAGCAGUUACUUUGCGCGGAGAAAUCGAGCGCACUCACGUAAAGCGUUUUACGUCUCUAUCGUCGGACCGACCACCUUGCAGGUUCUCGGAGGAAGUGCAUUGUGCGCAUGCGGCGAUUCAAUUACAACGACUCAGCGACAUACCAGAAGUCCUAAUAAACGUUUGUCAUACCGUUCCAGAUGCGCGAAGAAAGAUGACGCAUCUCGCAUUAUCUCUGCGGAGGCUGUCACUAGCUCUAAUACUGAUAGCGACAUGCGCGACUAUAACGGAAUCGUCAAUGAUCAGGGAAAGGAGGCACAUAGGUACCGAGGAAUCUAGUCAUCGUAAGGAACACACGUCUGACAGUCGGGGCACAAGAUUGCCGAGCAGUACGACGUCUAACAAGAUCACCGCGGAACCCGGAAGAAAAGUGUCUCACCAUCUGAUAGGGGGUCACCUGAAAGUCGAUACGAAAAGCCGUGAUGACAGCGAGUCACUGUGGGACGAUGGAAUUCUCAUGUCGGCGGCUGGCAACAGCAAGGAGGGGAAAAGCAAUCGAGAUCGAGGCGGAGGUGGUGGCAGCAACGACGACGAGGACGAAAAGAAAACGCUCUCUCAGCAGGUCAAGGAGGGCAAGUACGGCCUCAUACAGAACGAGAUUUACGGCGAACGUCCGAAACGGCCCGGCAUCAUCAGCUAUCUCGGUAAUCCUGAAGUGCCGAAGGACACAAUCGACAAUCUAGGUGGUCUCGACGAGGAGGAGAUCUGGCUGGCCGAGAAUCACGUGCUGGUAUUGAGGGGCGGGAAAUUUCCUGAGCAUGAACAGGAAGGCCAGCAGGCCAGCAGUAACGGCGAACAGCCGAAUUGGCCGCCCAUCGAUGAUUACAAGGCGCCCAAACGGCAGGUCAAGAUACCAGCGCGGCCGAAGAUACCGCCGCCCUUUCCGGUACAACUUACAGAGGGGGGACCGGUACAGAUCAUCGGUCCGAAUGGUACCGCGGAGGAAAUUGGCAACGGUACCCUCGACUACAGCACGAAUCCUCUCUACACGAAGGGGUUACUACCGGGAGAGGGUCCGUUCUUCGCCAUAUCUCCGAACGGCACGGUAUACACCCCGGAUCUCGGCUUCCCGGGAAACUUUUCCAUCGAUGAGAAAUCAUCCAGAGGUAACAAUGAUCGGAACGGAAUAAAACCGGAACCACCUCCGUUGCACGGCGCUCUUCCGCCUUUCUAUCACGCCAUACCGCCCGGCGCGAUUUUCGUACCGCCGCCAGGCAACCAGUCAGAUUAUGACGAAGAGGAUCAAUCCAUCUACUAUCCGCCGCCGUAUAGUUUCUAUUAUCCGCAAGAUAAUACGACUGCUGUGCCGCCGGGCCCCCUGGUGCCCGGCAUUAUAUUACCGCCGCCGCCGGAUUUCUUUUCUGCUCUAGACGAUAAGAAAACUACCACGAAGAAAUACACGAAACGACCGACGACCACACCCUCGCCAGAGACACGACCAACGUACUUGCCACCGAGAAAACCUACGACUAAACAGUACAAGACUUCGUCCGCUCUACCGAAUGUGAUAACGAAGACAACUACCAUUUCAUCGAUUUCAACGAAAAUAUCCUUCGGUCGUACAACGGCGAGGAACGCGACGAGCACUUUUAAACCUAAGCAGAAAACCGUAGAAGUCACGACAUCUGGAAAACCGCACACUCUCGAGAACACCGAGAAAUAUACCAUAAGCCCCAUAAUUGGGAAUCAGGUAUCCGAGGCGAUGAUCCAACAGAAGGAUUGGUCCUCUCUGGUGACGAGCAAGACAAUCCCGGUUCUUGCUUAUUACCCGUCAACCACGCAGUCAUCGUUAGAACGACCGGUGGAGGUGACACCGGCUUCUAUAAAGAGCAUCAUCACUACCAGUCAGCCUGGUCGAUCUUCCAAUCAUGCAUCCUAUUACUUCUACGAGGAGUCGACCGAUGAGAAUUCGGCCGUCACGGAAAAUCCAUCGCCCGUUUAUUACGAGAGUACCACUACGAAAUCGCCAUACUACAACGUCGAGACGUCACGACCUCGACAGUCUAAUCAGAAGAAGCAGUAUUACACUGUUGAGACAAUCGCGCCAGUUGAGAUUCCGAAGGAUGAUUACAAGGUGAAGCUCAUCGAUAGCAUCAUGAAGAAUUCGCAGACGUUCCAAUACACUGACGAUUCGGAGACUACAUCCGCGAAAUUCGACGUUAGCUCAUCUCGAGAUCAGAAUCAACGUAUGUUAGCCGAUCAAGCGCCCGUGUAUUAUCAGCCCGUUCCCGCCCGUCCAUCGCAGACAUACUACACGAGUCCGAAGCCUCAAACGCACUAUCGACAGACAACGAAGUCUAAGCCGAUUUAUCAAUACAGCUUUCAGAUAGCGGAUUAUUCGAAACUUAAUGGCAAUCAGAGAUCGCCGUAUCACAGGGAACAACAGCAUCAGCAGCAGGAUGCGUCAGCGUACAACGAGUAUCAGGACGUUAAAACUGGUAAUCGGCAAUACGACUACGAGGACAUCGAUUCCCCGUCGCGGCAUCAAUCCCCGCGGAAACAUGUACCAUAUAAGACGCAGCAUCCGGCUUAUCCCACGAGCACUGCCUAUCCGAUCGUAGAUACGACGCCCAAUCCGCAAUAUGCGUAUUUCACGCAGCAGGACGAGAAGUUAUUGGACGACGUUACGAAAGAGUACUUCACGAUCUUUGGCAAGAAACUACCGGACACGGGCACGGUAUCGAGCACGACUCCGAUCUAUGGGAAAUCGAGCACCGCCACGGAGAAACCCGACCAUAACACUUACUCGUCAAAUGUUUACAAGAUCGGUCGACCGGUAACUUACAAAACACCCAACGUCAAAGUGCACUACGGAGAUCAGUCGCACCGACCCUACUCCCUCAAGGACGACACCCUCGUCAACUACCGGCAACCCUUGCCGCCGAUCAAUCCGGACAGCGAGUUCAUCGAGAUAAUUGAGCCUAAACAUCGGCCGGAGCAGCCGCCGCCGUUACCGAACGGCUACGAAUUGCAGACGGGAAACUACAGAUUGCAAAAUCAGAGAGUUCAACAGCAUGGACCGACCCCUCGUUACAGGUUACGAGGCACAGUACAGCCGACCAACAGACACACCAACAAUUUCAUGCCUAUCUCCGAGUCCCGUGAGGCACUGGAGAACGUUCAGGCACCUCUGUCGCUGUUGGACGACAUAGAGGUCAACUACAGGAAUCCGCGUCCUCCCAUAAAUCCCGAUGCUGAAUUCAUCGAUCCCGUCUCGGUGCAGGACAAUCAUUCGGACAACCCGAACGCGUAUUUCGCGUACCGACUACCCGACAAUGUCGGCCACUUUUACUUCCUGACGCCGCAGGCGAUCACGCAACGGCAGGAUCAGAACGGUGGAUACGUCUAUCCGAAACCUAGGGGACCGAGAUUACGGAAACGGCGCCAGGGUAACGUUUGAAUACGCGCGUAUCCAACGUACGACAGUCGCGCGCAAUGCCAUAAUCUCGCGGAUGUCCAACGCGCGGAAUGAUCGCGCGUCGCCUGCGUGCGCGCCGGCCGCACGCACACAUACGUAUAUUAUUAAUAUAUUUAUUGUACUUGUAAAUACGAAUUGACUAAGUUAGAUAAUUAUAGCUAUGUUGUUUUACGAUAAA